UGGGACGGGAACUCCAAAAUGGACAACCCGAAGGAUGCGCCAGGGAAGGCGAGCCGGUGGUUCGGGGUCGCGCAGUCCAAGUCUGCCAAGACAAACGUGAAUCUUCUGCACCAGGAGGAGUUGAUAGCACAGAAGAAGAAAGAGAUCGAGGCCAGGCUUGAGCAGCAGGCGAGGCAGAAGUGCCCCAGCAUCCCUCUGCUCGGGGAAGAUGAUGGUGCUGAGAACGAAGCCUCUGUUUCCAAUAAGUUUGUUAACGAUGGCAGUUUCCUACAACAGUUUCUCAAGCUGCAGAAGGAAAAGUCAAGUACUGAAACUCCCCCGAGUUCUACUGAGAACUCGGCACCUGCUUCAGCAGCAAAUGCUGGGAAGAAGCCUGGGCUGUUUGGGAAGCGGGCCGGGCAGGUCCUGAGCAGCAUGCUGCACCAAGCACGGAGCUCCUCCCAGCCCAGACAGAGCCCAGGCACUGCUCGCCACAGUGUCUUUCAGUCGCCAGAUGAAGAUGAGGAGGAAGAUUAUGAGCAGUGGCUGGAAAUUAAAGUUUUACCCCCAGAGGAUGCGGACACCCGGGCAUUGGUGGAAAAGCUGGCUAGGUUCGUGGCUGAAGGGGGACCACGGUUAGAGAAGGUCGCUAUGGAGAACUACAAGGAUAAACCAGCCUUUUUGUUUUUGCAUAAUAAGGAGAGCAGAGAAUUCCUUUACUACAGAAAGAAAGUGGCAGAGAUAAGAAAAGAGAAACAAAACUUACGGCCACCCCCUCUUCCAAAAGUUUCACCCCCAGACGACGAAGAGAUAAAGAACUCUGCAGAGAAACUGGCCAGGUUCAUAGCAGCCGGGGGGCCAGAGAUGGAAGCUAUUGCUGUGCAGAACAACAGAGAGAACCAUGCUUUCAGGUUUCUAUAUGAGCCAAACAGCAAAGCCUACAAGUACUACAAGCACAAGCUGGAGGAGUUCCGGAAGGACAAGAGCAUCACUGCAAGUGCCCCUUUGCCUGAAGAGCCCAGUCAGAAAAGGAAGAGCAGCCCUGAGACAUCCCCGUCAGUUAUGGGCUUACCAGCUUUGCCUUUGCCCCUGCCCUUGCCCUCAGCUUCACCAUCAUCCUCCUCUACAACUGCACCUGAUGAGGCAGCUGCAGCUACUCCUCCAGGCACUGUGAAGAAGAAGAGGAAAAGCAGGUGGGGGCCGGAGGAGGAGAAGGUUGAAGUACCUCUGCCACAGCUUGUCCAGCAGCUGGAGUCUCCUGCCCCUCUCACAGUUCAGGACCUCAAGGGUCUUGGUUAUGAAAAAGGGAAACCAGUUGGUUUGGUGGGUGUGACGGAGCUCUCUGAAGCCCAGAAGAAACAGCUGAAGGAGCAGCAGGAGAUGCAGCAGAUGUAUGAUAUGAUCAUGAAGCACAAGCAAGCCAUGCACGAUAUGCAGAUGAUGUGGGAAAAGGCAAUCCAGGAGCACCAGUAUGACUAUGACAGUGAUGAAGAGGUAGACAGUGAGCUGGGAACAUGGGAGCAUCAGCUUCGGCGCAUGGAGAUGGAUAAGACACGAGAGUGGGCUGAGCAGCUGACCCAGAUGGGCAGAGGGAAACAUUUCAUCGGAGACUUUCUUCCACCUGAUGAGCUGGAGAAAUUCAUGGAGACAUUCAAGGCACUGAAGGAAGGACGGGAGCCAGAUUAUUCCGAAUACAAGGAGUUCAAACUGACUGUGGAAAACAUAGGUUAUCAAAUGCUAAUAAAGAUGGGCUGGAAGGAAGGCGAUGGACUCGGUUUGGAUGGACAGGGGAUUAAAAACCCAGUCAGCAAGGGAACUGCUACUGUGGAUGGAGCUGGUUUUGGCAUCGAUCGUCCCGCUGAGCUCACCAAGGAGGAUGAUGAGUACCAAGCAUUCCGUAAGCGAAUGAUGCUCGCCUACCGCUUCCGACCAAAUCCAUUGAACAACCCGCGACGACCUUACUACUGAGAAUGCUUUUGGGGGACAACGUGUUUUCAAAUCCAGUUGUAAUUUUUCUGUGAGAUGUUAUUAAACUGCAUUAUCAGUCUCUUAUUUGCUAAUAUUGUAAAACUCUUCGGAGUCACGAUACCAUCUGUCACCCAGAAGAGCCCCCUCGAGUGUCACAACAGCCGUGUCAUAACAAGGCCUAGGUGGUGCUUGAGGAGGAGAAUAGAGCAGGUGAGAACAGACCUUCACAUGGUGCCCUGCUGACAGGGGAAGGGUAGCACCAAAGAUACUAGUAAGUAGUUCAGGGACUUCAUUUGUGUUUAGCUCAGUGCCAUGUUACAGGGAGUGCAUUUUGUGUGACUCUGCAGAUCCUCUGCUGUUCGGAUGUGCAGCUUGUGCUGCUUUAGGUUGGUUGGUUGGGUUGUUAAUGACAAGUACAACAAGGGGCUAUCUCCACCCCAGGUUUUGGGGCUGUUGUUCAAGUCAGGCUAUUGCUCCCUGAAGAACUGGGUUCUGAUGUUGUCAUGAAGCCAGAAGUGUAGUCUGACCUUCACCUGACAUUGCAAAACCAGUGCCUAGUUGGUUUAUCUCUGGCCUAUGGAAGACAAGAUGUGGAUUGGUGUGGAGUGUGGCUACAAUGCUUGAGGGAUGUGGGGGCAAGUUCCUCAGAGGUGAUGGCUUCUUGGUCUCUUGAACACUAAGUUCACCCCAAAAGACUUGAAAACCAAGAGAUUUGCUGCAACUUCCUGUGGCUCAGGGUGCUGAAGAAUCAAGCCUUCAGCCACAGCUUGGCAAAGGCCAUUUGGAUUUUGUUGUCAUAAGAAACCUCUUUACAGAUACAAAUUUUCUUCAUUCAAUCUGUAAAUAAAAUAAAACUCAUUUGUUCCUUAGUUUUAAUCACUGAACUUUUGGGAGUAGUUGCUCUUACUGUGAGUUUUCAUAGGCUGAGGGACUGUUCUGCACCUCUUUCCUUCCAAGCAUCUUAAACCAAUGUGCGAUUGAUUGGUUUGGUUUCUUCUGCCUUUGUUUCCCUUCCAUCCAGGUACGUGGUGUGUGCUUCCCUUUUGUUGACUUUUCUUACCAACAUCAAGCCAAGCAUUUGGCUUUCAAUAAAACCCUUUGAAACAGUCAAA